AUGGAUGCGCCUGGCGUGAAAACGGUGAACCAAGGGGUCACGAAGGGUGCUUCGGAGCUCGAUGCGUCCUCUGCACGGAGCCGAUCCUCUUCGGCCGCCCACCCUGACGAACACGAGAAGAACUCCCAUAAUGACGGCGACGAUAUCGCAGCAAGUGAUGACCUUGAAGAAGAUGAAGAGGAAGAAGAAGAUGGCGAGGACUCUGACGAAGAUGACGGGGAGCCCCGACUCAAAUACGCUUACCUCACCAAGCACCUGGGAUCGGUAUAUCGCAGGGGGGAUGCGACCAGUACAUUCCUAGUCGCAGGAGACAAGAUGAUUGUUGGAACACAUAAUGGCGUUAUUCAUGUCCUCUCUUUGCCCUUUUUGCAGCCCCUCCGCGUAUACCACGCACAUUCGGCAAGCGUCACGUCCAUAUCUAUAUCUCCUUUCCCCCCUCCUCUACCGAAGCUCAAGCUCGAUGCCUCCAACACACUGGGUGCUGAAGAUGUACGACCUCCGACACGAACAUCGACAAGCUCGGGUAGUAUUCGCGGAAACCCCAAGUCAGGCCAGCAGGUACCGAUCCCACCAACGCCCUCGAACUCAAUACAUAUCGCGUCUGCCUCAAUUGAUGGUAAUGUAUGCGUUGCCUCUUUGAUCGACCCCAAAGAUAUCCUCAAGCGGAACUUUGGCCGACCAGUACAAGCGGUUGCGCUUUCCCCGGACUACAAGAAUGAUCGAUCAUUCAUUUCCGGUGGCCGAGCUGGUGAGUUGAUUCUCACAACAGGCGGCCGUAUUGGUGUGAGUUCCAACGCCACUACAAUGGGAGGCGCAACUGCUACAGCUUCAAGCUGGCUGGGAUCCAUGGGUUUGGGGGCGAGCAGUGGAAAAGACACCGUCUUACACAGCGGAGAAGGCGCAAUCGGCACAAUCAGAUGGUCUCUGUCAGGAAAGUACGUCACCUGGGUGAAUGAAGAAGGUAUCAAGAUAAUGCGAUCCAAUUUGCAUCUUGAAUCAUCCGAAUCGGAGUUUGCUUGGAAGCGGAUCAGUCAUAUUGAUCGUCCAAACGGACCUGGAUGGGAAGAAAUGGCCAGUGUGUGGAAAGCACGAGCAGAAUGGAUCGAUGAAUCCGCGUUGGACGAUGACGACCAGUUAGAUCCCGGCGACAAUAUCGCGGGGAAACGCACAGCUUCAACAGUGCGAGCAGAAAAGUCCGAAAAGCUUGUUGUUGGAUGGGGAGGUACUGUGUGGGUCAUUGAUGUCUUCCCUGACCGGGCUUGCAAGUCCUCGAAAGGACAGCGAUAUGGAUCUGCAGAGGUAUCUACAAUAUUGCGAACGGACUGUGUUAUAUCUGGCAUCUCAUUGUACAGCCCUCGUCUUCUUGUUGUACUUGCACACAUCGAAGCGGAAGGUGAUUCUCCAGAAAGUGCUGAGAAGACCUCUGGAAAACGUCACCGACAGAGGAGUCUGGAGCCUGAGCUUCGAAUCAUCGAUAUCGAGACGAAGGAAGAGCUUAGUGCAGACACACUGUCUGUUGGCCGCUUCGAAGGCCUCACGUCCUCAGACUAUCAUUUGAGUGUCUUGCCACCUUGGAAAACGCCCGAGGGACAAGUGGUUCAGCGGGGUGCUUUGGGCACUAUUGGGCACGGUCUUCUCGAUGCCACAAUGUAUUCUGCCAGGCUCUUCAGCUCCGGCGCUAGCAUUCGCAGCACAGCAAGCAGCGGGGACAAAGUCUCAGCCAGAGUGCCCCCGUCGUUCAUUUCAAGACAACUCUCGGUUGAUGAGACACCUCCUAAGGAAGUGCAAGACGUCUCGGGAGCUCCAGGUGCAAAGAUAUUCGUCCACAGCCCGUAUGACUGCGUUGUUGCGAUGAAAAGAGAUCUUACAGACCGACUUGCUUGGUUGAAUUCUCGUGGCCAGUAUGACCAGGCAUGGAACCUCAUUGAUGAACAUCCUGAAGUCGCAGGAUCAGUUCCAGACUUGGCCGAUAUUCCUCCUGGUAUCAGGUCGCAAAGUAGUUUGGGAGACUUCUUUGCUGAUGACCGAUCUUCUAUCAUGACUGCUGGACGGGCAAAAGCUUCUGCUUCUGAUCAAGAAAAGGCUCAAAUCGGUGAACGGUGGGUUGAGCAACUGGUCGAUCAAGACAAGUGGUCAGAAGCUGCUGAAAUCUGUGGCAAAGUCCUAUGUAAUUCAUCCCGCUGGGAACACUGGGCAUGGAUCUUCAUCAAGAAAGACAAGGUAGAUGAGAUAACACCGUACAUUCCCAUUGACCUACACCCUUCCCUACCUGCGGGGAUAUAUGAGUUCAUCCUCAAUCACUAUAUUUCACGAGAUCUCGGUCGGUUCAAAGAUCUAGUUGAUUCAUGGCCUUCGGAUCUGUUCGAAGCAGACAAUGUGAUACUGUCUAUCGAGGAUCAACUCAAGUCGAAGUCAAUUCUGGCCCAGUCUGAAGAAUGGCUAACCUUGACUGACUGCCUUGCGAAACUGCAUCUCAUGGGUGGUCAUUAUCGCGAGGCUUUGCACUGCUACAUUCGACUCCAGGAUGCGGAAGCAGCCAUGGCUUUGAUAAAGGAACACCACUUAGUGGAUACAGUGUCAGAUGAUAUACCCGCUUUCAUCAUGAUUCGAGUGACCAAAGAGCAGAUGAAAUCAGCUCCAAAGUCCGAGCUGGAGGAGCUGGCUUCAGAACCAAUACAGCUAUUGGUCAGUGAAGCCUAUACGGGCAUUGUCCGUCCUGAGACAGUGGUAUCCCAGCUCGAGGCUGCAAACCGGAUCUUGUUCCUUUACUUCUAUCUUCGAGCUCUCUGGCGUGGUGAAGCCUCGCCCCACGAGGCCUCAAAGCCCCGACGUGGCCGCGGAGCCCAUGCUCGUGAUGCAGCAAGCAAAUUGGCGGCCGACGAAGGGAAGGCUCUGAUUGAUGCUUUUGCCGAUACUGCCGUGGAGGUUUUUGCUGAUUAUGACCGGCCCUUGUUGAUGGAAUUUUUGCAGACAAGCAUCUCAUAUUCUUUUGAGACGGCAACACAUAUCUGUGAACAGCGCCACUUUACUCAAGAGCUGAUCUACCUGUUGUCGAAGGUGGGCCAGACAAAGCGAGCCUUGAACCUGAUAUUAUCUGAUCUGAAGGAUGUAUCCCAAGCCAUCUCGUUUGCCAAGACACAAGACGACCCGGAUCUCUGGGAAGACCUUCUUGAUUACUCUAUGGAUAAACCAAAGUUCAUUCACGGGCUGCUUGUCGAGGCUGGAACAUCAAUUGAUCCCAUCAAACUGGUGCGUCGAAUUCCAAGCGGAUUAGAGAUCGAGGGCCUACGAGACGGCCUUACUCGAUUGAUACGGGAACAUGACCUACAGACCAGUAUCAGUCAGGGUGCUGCCCGAGUCAUGCAGAGUGAGGUUGCUCUGGGAAUGGAUACCCUGCGCAAAGGACAAAGACGUGGAAUCAAAUUCAAUAUCAGCCACGAUGAGACUGCUGAUGGGGCGACGCUCCCAAACAUGGCACUGACCAAUGGUCAAGGUGAUGACAAGUCAGUAUCCAGUGGCUCAACCCGACGCGCGAGUCCAGGCCAAGGGCGAUGUGGUGGUUGUAACGCCCCCUUCCAAGCAAACGAACGAGAAAUUCUGAUUGGCUUUGCUUGUGGACACGUUUUCCACCUCUCGCACUUGCAUUCGGAGAACUCACAGCAGCCAUCCAGUGUGGACACUUCGAACAGGUCUGCAGAUCGCACACCCCGUCCAUCAUCUCCCUCCGAGGAGCACACCAAUCCAAGUGCCUCUCGCACUGUUGGCCCGAAGGUUACCACGGCGCGUCUUUUGCGAGACAAGAUUGGCGACGGGUGUCGGAUCUGUGGGCUGACAAGGAAAAUUGAGUCCCUUGGCAGCGAAGUCGAAGUCUAG